AUGACCACUAUAGCAGAAGAAAAAGUUGGUAAUACUUAUUAGAAACGAUAGUGUCGCGACGGAGCGAAAGAUUCUUUUUGAUUUCUCUUAGCUUGCAAAUAUGGCUUUGACGGUUGCCAAAAAAGCCAAAGGCUCAAGCAGCAAGAAACAAACCCUUCGGGGUAAGGGCCAGAAAAAAAAAGUGUCAGUCAAAUUUACGAUUGACUGCACGCAUCCUGUGGAGGAUAAUAUUAUGGAUGUAGCUAAUUUUGAAAAAUACCUCCAAGAAAAAAUAAAAGUUAACGGAAAGACAGGUAACUUUGGAAAUAAUGUUUCCAUUGAGCGUAACAAAAUGAAGCUUUCCGUUAACAGCGACAUUGAUUUUUCUAAACGGUAUCUUAAAUAUUUAACGAAGAAAUAUUUGAAGAAGAACAAACUACGUGACUGGUUACGUGUAGUGUCUCAAGAUAAGGAGACGUAUGAAUUAAGAUACUUCCAAAUUAAUAGUCAAGAAGACGACGAUGAAGAAGAUGCAGAGUAAAGCUAAAGUUAUUAUCAUUUAUUGCAGAUCAAUCUGUGUAUAUUAAUUAAAAUAAAAUCAAAUUUUGUUAAACAAUAUAAAACGUAUAUAAAUUUUAAUUAAUUGAGAUUCAGGAAGACUAUAAAACAUACUAGAAUAAGCAAAAUGAAAUAGAAGUCGUUCCAUUUAUUUUACAAUUUUUUAAUAUUGAAGAUAAUAGUCAAGACUUUGUCUGAUUGAAAAAACUAGUUCUUGUUCAAUAACUACAGUUGCUACAAUAAUACAAUGCUACAAUAACUAAGUGUUGAUGAUUAUUAUUAGUACUUAGAUGGAUGACUACUUCGAAACGCUGUAUAUUGUUGACUCCAAAGAGAAGCAUCAGUGGUAUGAUGAUAAUUUGAUGAAUGUUAGUAAUUUCAAUUGAAACAUUUCUCGAGUUUCUGAACUGAAAAAUUGCUAUAAAUUUUCCAAAAAGCAUAUUAAAGUUUUAAUUCGUUGGGAAGAUGAAAUAAAACUUAUAAUUAACACUUUAGUGGCCACUCACACAAUAUGUGUGUGAUGACUUGGCCAACCAUUAUCAUCCGCUCAUACAUUUGUGUAAUGUUACCACUGUUUAAAUUGAUUCUUCAAAAAUAUUGCCAGCCCCUAGCAACAUUUAACUGCGUAGACAGACGUGCAGCCAUUAAAGUAUUAAUACUUAUAAAACAAAAAAUUGAAUUUGGAGUACAUAACCUAUAUCAUGAAGAAGAACUUAAUAAAAGGUAGUUACUUUGUGCACACUUAAAAAGUUAGGGUGGAUAAAAGAUAAUCUGUAUAUAACAAUAAUCUUGCUAAAUUAUAUGUCUACAUAAAAAAAAAUCAUAUAUACCUAAAAACAAAACAAAAAGCCCAAAAAAAAAAUAGUUUCGUUAGAAGUGAAGUUGGUAUGAGUGUUUGAGACUAGUUUAAUCCGCUUGUUCAUUUACGGGCAAUCUUUAUAUCCUUGAUUCGUAUUCAGUAAUACGUAAAACGUGACUCUGCCAAUUAGAUACAAAUCGUUCGGAAAAGCGGUCGUACGGUGAUUCAUCGUGAGAUCGUAGAAUUUUCCUAUUAAAUCGUCUAGUAUUAUUAAAGUAAUCAAAAGUCGGACAUUAGGGCGCAGUCCAAGUGACGUACGGGAAUUGUUGUGACAAAAGCG